CUUUUUUCCUUUUUUUUGUUUUUAUUUUCGUGGGUUAGCUUUCAAGUUUCCAACUUCCCACUACCUUAGGCUCUCCUUCUUCUUCCUCCCUCACCAAACCUAACUCACUCCCUCACACUCUGCAAUCUUCAUUAAUUUUCUUCCUCUCCAAACAGAGCCUCAGUUCAAUUCAACAUCGACUCCAUCUGCUUCCAGGCAAACUUGGGAAAGCAUGCAGCAGGGAGAUAGCUGGCUACGCUCUUUCAUUCAGUAGUCUACAGCUGAGGUUUAAAACAAUCACAGCGUCCUUCAUCUAACGUAGUAAGACCCACACCAAUCGCCUGCAUUUUCACGGCCCAGAUUGUGCCAGUGAUGCCCACUCAUCACCGACUUCCCCACCCAGACCUUACCCCACGCAGACAUUCGUUGCGCCAGCUAACCCUCCCGCCGGGAUCUGACCCACCACGUUUUCCUUUUUCCCCAACCAACAGAAAAACAAACUCCGAAUCGAAAAAUGUCGUCGCACCACCCCUCCGAGUUCGACACAGCAACUACCGAUUCGGUGGCGUCCUCCCCGCGGUCGGACCACCCGCCGCGCCACCGCUCCCACGACGAUCCCCCGCCGCGCCUCCGCUUCAUGUGCAGCUUCGGCGGCAAGAUCCUGCCUAGGCCCCACGACAACCAGCUCCGCUACGUCGGCGGCGACACUCGCAUCGUGGCCUUUAACCGCCACACUACCUUCUCGGCUCUCCUCCUCAAGCUGUCGAAGCUCGCCGGAACCCCUAACAUCACUGUCAAGUACCAGCUCCCCAGCGAGGACCUCGACGCCCUCAUUUCCGUCACCACCGACGAGGACGUCGAGAACAUGAUGGAGGAGUACGAUCGCUCGGCUCUCGCGGGGCUCGGUUCCAAGACGGCUCGGCUGCGCCUGUUUCUGUUCCCCGCUGGCGAUGACUCCGGCACCGCCAGAGCCACCAGCAUCGGCUCCUUGCUCGACGGCUCCUCCAGGCGAGACUGGUUCCUCGACGCCCUCAACGGCGGUGGUGCAGCGGGACUGGAGCGCGGGCGGUCCGAAGCGUCGUCGAUCGUCUCCGAAGUGCCCGACUAUCUCUUCGGGCUUGAUAAUCCGGACGAACCGAAGACAAAAGCCCGACCCUUUUCGCAUGACAGUGUGUCUGUUUCGGAUCCGGGUUCCCCUUUGCCGCCCGUCUCCUCGCCGUUCUGUUCGACGUCGUCGGCUCCUUGUGUUCAGUCCGUGCCGGACCUUCCGCCGGUGAAGACCAAACUCGAUAACCCGAUUCCAGUCGCUGAAACGAAGGAGAUCCAGUUCCAGCCCGAGAAUUUUGCGGAGACGGGAGAGCAAGUAGCCUCGCAAUCAACCGGGUACGCGGGCAACCCGAUGUGGCCUUACGCCCCGAAUGUUCAUUUUUCAGGGCCAGCAGUACAGCAGCUGCCCGUUUACUACGUUCAGGGUCCGGGACCACCCGCUAACCUUCCGGGGCAGCCCAUUCCAAUUCGGGCAACAUACGUUCACCAAUUUCCGACAGCAAAUGGUCAGGUACGGGUCGGGUAUCCUCAUCCGGGUUCGGGCUUUGGACAGGUGUUCGGAGGAGGGAUGAGGCCAAUGGUGCCUCAGAUGGACCCAUAUGAGAUGGGAGGUGGAAGAGUAGUUCACGAAGGGGUGAACCAGCAGCAGCAGCAGCAGGUGUACUUUGGUAGAAAUGCGGGCAUGGUUCCCGGGUAUCCGGGCUUGAUGGUCCCACCCGGAGAAGAAUUGCAGAGAACGGCCUCGGAUCCUAUAGUGGGUCGGGUCUCACGGUCGCCUUGACCGCAUGUCAUUUGACUCUGGACAACGGGUCAGCCCGUAAACUACUUUAUUUUUUGCCAGUCGAUUUGUGCAAUGUUUGGGUUUGAUGCUUGUUUUGGUUGGACUGUAAUUUAAGAAUAUGUACAGGAUGAACUCUUCUCUUCUCUUCUCUUCUCUUUUUUUUUUUUUCGAGAGCUAAAAUAUUUUGUAUUUAUAUAAGAACAAAUAUGCAUAUUUAAUUAUUUACUACUCA